AUGGCGCCGCUGGCCACCGGUGUCGUCGGCCGCGCGCCACCCCCGCGGGUGGACGGCUGCGGGAAGGCCGCGGAAGGCGGGUACGCCUGGCCCGCUCGGUCGCAAGCGGGCAUGGACGAGGACAUGGUCGGCGAGAUCGAGGUGGCGGAGCCGUCGCCCGCGCCGAAGGGGCAGCCGCCGCCCGCGCCCGGCGCGGCCGCCACGCCCAGCGUGGGCCCCCGCCGGUUGCAGGCCCCGCCCCGCGCGCCGCGGCGGCCAGAGGCUGCGGCGGCGGCCGACGGCGGCGGGCAGCUCAAGCAGCGGGCGCGCGGCCCUGAGCAGCACCAGGCCGCAGAGCCCCCGGUCGCCCGCGCCCAGCGCCAGCCGGAGCCGGCCGCGGUGCAGGGGCAGCCGUCGGCAGGGCAGCCCCCCAAGGGCGACCAGAGGCAGCCGCAGCCAAGCAAGGCGAACAGCCAGAAGUUCCAGAACUUCAUCAAGGCGGUUGAGCGCGGGAAAGGCCGGGUCGAGAGCGAGUUCGACAAUCGCGUCAGGCGCAACGAGGUAUUUCAGGAGUGCGCGAGUGGGUGCGACGGGGCCCAGGCAAAGUUCAAGGACCUUGAGCAGCGAGCGCUCUUGGCGAAGAUGAAGUCAUGGACAACGAGCGACUUCGUGGCCAUUCGCACGCUGGGGCAGGGCUCCUUUGGAAAGGUGUUCCUCGUCAGGCAGGCAGGCGUGGCCGUGGCAGAUCCCCCACUGUACGCCCUGAAGCAGAUGAAGAAGGAGGGGUACACGAAGAAAAACAAUGUCGACCGGGCGUUCUGCGAGCGCGAGGUCUUGGCACAGGCUAAGAGCAGGUGGUUUGUGGAGCUCAUUGCGACUUUCCAGGAUGCUGCCAACGUGUACAUGGUUAUGGAGUUCGUUCAGGGGGGAGAUACAUGCCGCUUCGCGGGGGACGCGACUACAGGAGCUCCGUCCUCUUCUCUUUUUUCCUUCUCUUCCUCUCGCCGCGUUUCCCCUUCUCCUCGUUCUACUACCCCCUUCUGGUACUGGAUCCUCAAUUCCUCGUUGCCGUCCUUGGGUUAG